CUCGGCGGCGUUGGCCGCCGGAAGCGGCGGGAGGCGGCGUGGGACCGGCGAGCGGCGACUGCGGCGCGGGUAGCGGAGCGGCUCCAGCCCUUUCCUUCCUCCCUCCUUCCCCCCCCCGCAUCUCAUACGGCGGCGAAGCGAUGAGCGAGAGCCGAGCGCCCCGCGGCGUCCCCGCGGCGCCGGGCUGCCUGCUCCUCCUGGGGCUGCUGCUGGUCGGCGCCGCCGCUGCGGAAUGCGAGCUGGAGGCUGCGGACAUGCCCAGCGGGCGGCGGGGUGCGCGAGGAGGCACCGCCGCCUCUUCCUCGUCCUCCUCUGCCGCGGAGAUAACAGAUUCCUGCAGUUCUCUCAGCCCACCGUGCUUUACUGAGGAGGACCGGUUCAGCCUGGAAGCCCUUCGCAUGAUCCAUAAGCAAAUGGAUGAUGACAAAGAUGGUGGAAUUGAAGUAGAUGAAAGUGAUGAGUUUCUAAGGGAAGAUAUGCAGUAUAAGGAUGCUUCUAAUAAACAUAGCCACCUGCAUAGAGAAGACAAGCAUAUCACUAUUGAGGAUCUAUGGAGACGAUGGAAAACAUCUGAAGUUCAUAACUGGACUCAAGAGGACACUCUUCAAUGGCUGUCAGAAUUUGUUGAACUGCCCCAGUAUGAAAAGAAUUUUAGGGAGAGCAAUGUCAAUGGAACAACACUUCCCAGGAUAGCAGUAAAUGAACAUGCUUUCAUGAUCUCUCACCUGAAAAUAAUUGACCGGAGCCAUAGACAGAAACUUCAACUUAAAGCCUUGGAUGUUGUUUUAUUUGGACCUCUUACACGUCCCCCUCACAACUGGAUGAAGGAUUUUGUAUUAACGGUUUCUAUAGUUAUUGGUUUUGGAGGCUGCUGGUUUGCAUAUACACAGAACAGAACCUCGAAAGAACACAUCACAAAAAUGAUGAAGGACUUGGAAAGUUUGCAGACAGCAGAACAAAGUCUUCUUGACUUGCAGGAAAGGCUUGAGAAAGCACAGGAAGAGAAUAGAAAUGUAGCUGUGGAAAAACAAAAUCUGGAGCGCAAAAUGAUGGAUGAGAUCAAUGAUGCCAAACGUGAAGCUCAUCGCCUAAGGGAGUUGAGGGAAGGAGCUGAAUGUGAGCUCAGCAGGCUCAAAUAUGCAGAGGAGGAGCUGGUGCAGGUGCGCAUGGCUCUAAAAAAGGCUGAGAAGGAAUUUGAGUUGAGAAGUAAUUGGUCUGUUCCUGAAGCAUUGCAGAAGUGGCUUCAGUUAACGCAUGAAGUUGAAGUACAAUAUUACAAUAUCAAAAGACAGCAUGCUGAAAUGCAAUUAGCAAUCGCCAAAGAUGAGGCAGAAAAGAUAAAAAAGAAGAGAAGCACUGUGUUUGGAACACUACAUGUUGCACACAGCUCUUCACUGGAUGAGGUGGACCAUAAAAUCCUUGAAGCCAAGAAAGCACUGUCUGAGUUGACAACCUGCUUGCGGGAGCGUCUUUAUCGGUGGCAACAGAUUGAGAAGAUUUGUGGUUUUCAAAUAGCACACAAUUCUGGUCUACCAAGCUUGACCUCUUCUCUCUACUCUGAUCACAGCUGGGUAGUUAUGCCCCGAGUUUCCAUUCCUCCUUAUCCAAUUGCAGGGGGAGUUGAUGACUUAGAUGAAGAUACUCCUCCAAUAGUUUCACAGUUUCAUGGGUCCAUUGUAAAACCUCCAAGCACACUGGCAAGAAGCAGUAGCUUGUGUCGAUCAAGACGCAAUGUUGUGCCAUCAUCUCCACAGUCUCAGCAUGCUUUGCACUCCCCUGACCCUGACAUCCUUUCUGUGUCGAGCUGUCCAGCUCUUUAUCGAACUGAAGAGGAGGAGGAAGCCAUUUACUUCUCUGCUGAUAAACAAUGGGAAGUACAGGAAGCAGGUUCGGAAUGUGACUCGUUAAAUUCAUCCAUUGGAAGGAAGCAGUCUCCUCCGUCUAGUCUUGAAAUGUACCAGACACUUUCUCCUCAGAAAGUAUCCCGGGAAGAACUCUCACUUGAGGAAUCAUCUACAGGAGACUCUUCUUCUCUAACUGCAGAUAUAUCUAGGGGCUCUCCUGACUGUGUAGGCAUGGCAGAAACUAAAAGCAUGAUUUUUAGCCCCGCAAGCAAAGUUUAUAAUGGAAUUUUGGAGAAGUCCUGCAGCAUGAACCAGCUUUCAAGUGGGAUCCCAGUUGUAAAGCCUCGGCACACCUCAUGCUCUUCUGCCAGCAGUGAUAGUAAACCCAGCCAAGAAGCUUGUUCUGUCCCUAGGAUAAGUAGCAUCCCACAGGACCUGUAUCAAAAUGGUGAAAAAAACAAAAAGCCAUCAAAAAUAAAAAGCCUCUUUAAGAAGAAGUGUAAGUGAGGUGGGCAGAAAUCUGUAAUAACAUUGUAAGAACUCUUUUUUUUUUUUUUUUUUAAUCUUUAGGAAUGUAAUUCCAUUUGAGCAUUCUGUUUUCAAAUGGGAUGUUCUCUAGGUCAAUUCUAUUUAACUGACUCUCUUGUCAAAGAUCGUGCCAGCUGUCAAUGAGAAAUCAUUAAAAAUUUCAGACAGUUUACAUUCAUUUCUGCCUAUUUAUUUCUUUUUUUGCCCCUUUUGUUUAUUCAUAAACCCUUUUUAAGCCACUUUGGACUUAAAAGCUUUAAUGAACUAGUAAGCCUUCCCAGGCUUGCCAAAGUUUAUUGUUUACCGGAGCAUCUUCCUAUCUUUCCAUAGAGCUAGGACACUUAUCUACUGGACUUCAAGAAAAAUAAAGAGAAGUAGAAUUAAUUGAAUUGCACUACUGUUUUACAGACUGGAAAAGUCUCUCUGCAAGUAAAAUUGAGAGACUGAUAUUUGACUGAGAAGAUGAAACUUUUCACUUUUAGAUUUUUGGGGUUUUUAAGUAGAACCUAGGAUUUCUAAUUGACUUGAUUUCUGGAAAUGGAAAUGCCACGCUUUUACUAUGGGAAGCUUUGUUAAUGCAUUUAUUAUUAGAAUGGUUCAGGUCCUGCUGUUAAAAAAACAAACAAAAAAAAAAUUUUUCCCAGGACUGUCACUGUGAUUUUACUUCACUGCAGGCUGUAUGAUAAAUUUAUAUAGAUGUGUGUAAUUUAACAAGAGAAGAAGCUCUUGAUUCCUUAUGCAAGUGAUCGAUAUGAAACUUUACUGGGGACUGAAAAUAUUCACCCUCUUAACAAGGAGGGGAUUAGUAGCUUUUGUUUACAGACUGAUGGACAAUGGACAUCUGGUUUGUGAAAGUUUGUACUGUGGCAAAGACAAUAAAUUGGAAACAUUGUUGUGCUUUGGGAAUGUUCCAAUUUUAGGUGAUGCUUGUUUCAGACAUAUUGCAGAGUUCUGUUUAUUCAAAGCUCUUGUAGGCUACAUUGCUUAUGCUUACUGCUGUGUAUAAGUUAUUGUUAUAUUUUUUUGGAUUAGCUAUUAAUGUCUUAAUGUCUUCCUUUUGUAAGAUUUCAUACACUUUAUUUUUGUAUAGUUUGAAGAUUUAGCUGUUCAGACACGUCUGAAGUAAAUGGUAUAAUUUUGUAAUGUAUACUGUUAUACUAACUCAUAAUUUUAGAUAUAAAGGUGAGACUCGAUGUGCUUCAGAAAGUUUUUGUUGAGCUUUUAUACAGAAAGAUGAAAAUACUGUGAGGUAGCAAGGAAGCCUAUUUAGGGCAACAGUAGCUAAUUGUUUGAAAACUUUUUUUUAAACAGUAGGUGACAACAAAUGUACUGCUUGAGUAACAGUGCCUUUUAUUCAGUUUGUCUGAAAAUGUUAAUACUGAGCAGGAAUUUAUUUUGAGGUACAUUCCAAAGAAAUAUUUCUUGCUCUAGUGAACACAAGCAAUUUAUCCAGCGAUCACGGAAUUGUUUCAGCUCUUCCAUAGGGGUAUCCUAGUUGCCUCAGUAACAGGUGCCACUGCCAGCAAGCAGCCUGUGAUUAGGGGCUCAUUCCUCGCCAAAUGUUCAUGCUGUACUGUAUGAAAGAAUUCAUUCACUGACUGCCUAAAUUUUUUUGCUAGUAAGGAGCCUUUAACAAAACCUGUAGCUAAUUGAAAUUGACUGGUAUGUGUGCUUCUUUUCUGUAAUUUUCUGUUUAGGUUCCAUUGUACAUAAAUGUUAGUUCUGUCCUUAGUAAGUAGCAGUGAUGUUAACAGAAGCGCUUACAGUGGGUAGUGAAAUGGUUAGAAGAGGAACGGUAAGAGAUGGCAUGGAGGUGUUUAAGUACCUUAAAAGUUCUGUAAUACUGAUUAAUUAUUUAAGAGAACAGAAAGAAUCCAGAGUUUUGCUGUUUGUCAAGGAAUGAUUGAACAUCGUCUAUACAGAAGAGCGUAGGGGAAACAUUUGUGAAAUUUGAAGAAAAAGAAACUUGAUGGAAUAGAAAAUAAUGAAAUUAUAGUGUUCUCUGAAUCAUUGAACAGUUAUAACUGCGAAAAUAGUCAUCAUAAAGUAGCAGUGAUGUCCUUGAACUAAAAUUACUUGGUCUGUUCUUGUUAGACUGUACUAAUGCACCUAUGUAAAAAGACUUUUGUCAGGGUGAACCACCUCAAUGCUGAGUCUUCAGAGUCUGUUGUUAAAAGCCUUAUGAAGUACUUGAAAAAUGUAAAAAGGGAGAAUACAUAAAAUUAAGGAACUUAUUUUGCCUCCAAAAUAACAUAAAGAAAAAUACUACCAGAAAACGUUUGAUUUUUGUCUGCAAUUGAGAAGGCUAUAGCAAUAAUUGAGUUUUAAUUAAGAUUUGAGGCUGGAUGGUAGAUAUUGCAAUGUGAAGUUUGAGGAAUUGUCUACCAUUACCAGUGAAGAUGAAGCAGCUUUUUGAUACUAGAGUGUAAAUAUUUACAUAUGGAAAAAACAGUCUGGUACUGGGGAGGGGGACAGUGCUUCCUAAUCACACAGCAGUAGGGGUUGGAAGGAACCUCUGGAGAUUAUUUAGUCCAACUCCUUGCUAAAGCAGUUUCCCUAGAGAAUUUGUGUGAAAGUCAUGCUCAAAUACUGAAAAGCCAAAUUAAAUUUGCUGUAGAAUGUGUAACUGAAAAGUAAAACAGGCAGUGGUAGAUUCUUAAUUGGCUGUGACUUUUUAAAAAGUAUUAUCUAUCUUAAAAUACACAAUUUUACCAGCUUCUGGAAGAAAAAAUGUUAUAGUAUUCUAAAAACAAGAUUUGAAGCACAGACUGCUUUAACACUCAGUUUUAGCUGUCCUGUAACUCUAUAGCUGCUACUCAAUAAAUAUAAUAACUAAAAGCUUAAGUUAAUAUGGUCAGAAGCAGUAAGUAUUGUAUGUUGGAGCAUAAACUGUAAUUGAUUUAAAUUCAUAGAGCUUUCUCCGUUAUUUAGUUGAGCCCUUACAGACUAAUUUGUUCAUAAUCUAAAUGACUUGUGUUCUUGCUGUUAUGACUACUGUAGAAUUGUUUUUAUUGAAACCUCUAGUGUCCUUUUUUUUUUUAUCAACUUAAAAAAAAAUAAAUGUGAGGCAUCUGAUGAGGUACAGAAAGGAAGGAAGGAUGUUGAGAUCAUAGACACUAGGGCAGAUCCUCAUUGGUAACCAUCAAAUCCAGCUUCAGCACUGAAGUACCUGAUGUGUCAACAUCUCAGAAGUGAGGAGAUUAUAUACUUUAAGAGGUCCUCCAAUUUUACAUCUGUUUGCUUAAAGCAAUUUGAGUAAGCUGGCAGCCACCGAGUCCAAUCAGCAAUCCAACCACUAGGAUUGCUGUAAGACAUUUGAGACAAUCUGGUGUCAUCAUUCUUCAGCAGCAGCAGACUUCCUGAGCUCUAAACUCUGCAUGGUUGUGAUCAGAGUUUUUUGGUUUUUCUGUUGAAACUCUUGUAGCUAAUAUGUUUUAAGUUUACCUUUUUCUGAAGGUGAGGAUCUUUGCUUUCUUAAACAUUUUUUUAAAGUGUGCUUUGUCAGGAUAGUGGCCCCUUUGUAGAUGCUCUCUAGCCUCAUCAGGGAGAAUCAUGUGUCUGUCACCUGAAGAAAGAAAUGUCUGUUUGUUUUCAUGUCAAAAAAUAUACUGACAAGUUAACAAAAUGAAAAAACCCAAACGCCAA